UGUCCCCACCAUGUCCCUCUCUGUCCCCAGAACGGCUUCGCUGUCAUCCGCCCCCCAGGCCACCAUGCCGAGGAGUCCACGGCCAUGGGCUUCUGCUUCUUCAACUCGGUGGCCAUCUCGGCCAAGCUGCUGCAGCAGCGGCUCAGCGUGGGCCGGAUCCUCAUCGUGGACUGGGACAUCCACCACGGCAACGGGACGCAGCAGGCGUUUUACAGCGACCCGCACGUGCUCUACAUCUCCCUGCACCGCUACGACGAUGGGAACUUCUUCCCGGGCAGUGGUGCCCCCGAGGAGGUGGGCAGCGGGCUGGGCGUGGGUUACAACAUCAACAUCGCCUGGACGGGCGGCGUCGACCCCCCCAUUGGGGAUGUGGAGUAUCUGACGGCCUUCAG